AUAGAGACGCGGCUGUCGCUGGCUUCCAAAAUGCUACCUGGAUGAAAAGCUUUCACAGGUCCAGACACAAGACCAGCCGCAGAGAUGUCUCAGCUGUCAGCUGAAGACGAGGUGGAGUUGCAGUCUCUGCUCAGACAGCUUCUGAGAAGCAUCAACGACAGGAUCUCCGUCGCGCCGUCGACCGAAUGUGCUGAAGAGAUCCUCCUUCACCUGGAGGAGACUGACAAGAACUUCCACAAUUAUGAGUUUGUGAAGUACCUCCGUCAGUAUGUGGAGAGUUCACUGGGGACGGUGGUGGAAGAAGAGACCAAGAACUUGACCAGAGGAGGUGGACAGCAUGCCAUAGGUUCAGGUCAUGACACCCUGAUCCACGCUGUCACCCGCAGGACGAGAGACUCAGAUGAGUACCAGCAGAUGAUGCAGACCUUGAAGAACACCAUGAUCAUGGUGGUGGAGUCUCUAAUCAACAAAUUUGAGGAGGAUCAGAUGAGGAAGGAGGAGAUGCACCGAGAGAAGCAGCACAGUCAGUCCAACAGCCAGUACACUGACAACUGCUCUGACAGCGACUCCUCCUUCAACCAGAGUUACGCAUUCAUCAGGCAGGAGCAGCUGCAAGCUUUGGCCGAAAAACUUGACUCCAGCAGAUCCAAAGAGGUGCGUUGGGAGGCCCUGCAGGCCCUCUGCUGUGCCCCGCCGUCUGAUGUGCUGAGCUGUGAGAGCUGGAGCAGCCUCCGCAGGAACCUCUGUGCAGCUCUGACCGACCCCGACCUCAGUGAUAACGUACUGCAGUUUUUUGCUAAAAGCUUCUCCUCUUCUCCGCUGAAUGUGACUCGAGAGAUCUACACCAGCUUGGCUAAAAGUGUGGAGUCAAGUUUUCUGUCUCAGAAGAUAAACUUUCCGACUGGCUCAGCUUCCAUCGACAUCAACAGACCUGAGAUCAGUCGGCUUCUCAAACAGAUUCGACUCAUGAACGACUUUCAAAAGGAGGUGACAAACUUUUGGAUCCGCCAUCCUGAGAAAUACAUGGAGGAAGUGAUAGAGAGCACCUUCUCCUUGCUGUCCUUCCAUCAUGAACAUGGCUCAGCCUCACCAGGGACAGAGAAAGCCCUGGAACCCAUUCACCUACUGGUCUUACUGGAUAUUAAAGCGACCUGGUUUAAAAAGUGGAUGCACGGAUACUACAGCAGGACUGUGGUUCUCCGACUCCUGGAGAGAAAAUACAAGUCUCUGAUUGUAGCAGCUCUUCAGCUGUGCAUCCAUUACAGUGAAUCCUGCGAGAGCUUCACAGAUGAGACGACUGAUCCUGGGUCAGCGGAGCAGCAGAACACCGGUUCAGCCCAGAGGAGCGUUUAUACGGGGAAAGAGCUAGAAUACGCCCUCUUUGUCCACUCGCUGUGUCUUCUGGGGAAACUCCUCAUUUACGCCAACGGGAGGAAGCUCUUCCCCAUCAAAGUGAGGAAGCACAAAGAUCCAGUCGGCCUGACGGACCUGGUUAUCGUCCUGAUUAACAUCAUGUACCAACACCCCACACCUUCUCACGGCGACCCCUCACACACAGACUCUCUGUCGCCCAGCAGUCUGGCCAUGGAGGUGCUGUGGAUGCUGUGUGAGAGGACGGAGUGUGCUGCAGAGUGUCUCCACCAGGCGCCUGUGAUAGAGACGCUGCUGGCUCCUGUGAUAGCUCUGCUGGACGGACGGCAGGCUGAAUUAAAAUCCCCCGCAGCAACACUGACUCUCAUCGCUGACGUUCUGGCUCGCAUCGCAAACACCGACAGAGGAUUAAGUCUCUUCUUAUACGAGAAGAAUCAGGUUGUAGCCCGCAGUGAGAGAACCUUCGCUGCUCACGUGAUCGUGCAGUUCACGCUCAGGCUGCUGGAGGCAGAGCUGUCAUCGCUCAGUGAAUCCGACCUGUCCCGCACGUUAUGUGGAGCCUUUAUCUUUGUCUGCAGGCAAAUGUACAACACCUGUGAGGGCUUACAGGUCCUCCGACCCUACGGCCUGCACAAGGCCGUCGCUGCUGCCUGGAAAAAGACCAGUUCCUUGUCGGAGAGGGUUCCUACCCCAGUACCUGGAGCCACUGCUGGAGCAUCCACCCAGGAGCUGCAGAACAUGCUCACCUGGGAGGAGACGCUGUUGGACAGCCUGCUGAACUUUGCCGCAACUCCUAAAGGCGUGUUGCUGCUCCAGCAGACCGGAGCCAUCACCGAGUGCAUCUCCUACAUGUUCUCUCGCUUCACGAAAAAACUGCAGGUCAGCCGCUGUGAGAAGUUUGGAUACGGGGUGAUGGUGACACAGGUGGCAGCAGCUGCUCCGGGGGUGGUGGCUUUGCAAAGUUCAGGCUUUGUCCGGGCGUUGGUGGUGGAGCUGUGGUCUGUUCUCGAGUGCGGCAGUGAGGAUGUCCGGGUGGUCCGGCCCCAGCCAACACCCAUGGACCCCAUAGACAGGAGCUGCCUGAAGUCCUUCCUGUCCUUGGCCAACCUGCUCUCCUCUUCCCAUUCGGUGUGGGAGCUCCUGGGCCGGCAGCUCCUCGCCAACAAGAGCGAAUACGCCCUGAGAGAGAUGCCGAGCUGCAUUCCUGAUUUGAUCGACAGGCUGAUUGCUGUGAAUUCAGAUGUGAAGAUUAAUUCCCUGUUCCACUACGAGCAGUCUCACACAUUCGGCCUGAGACUGCUCAGCGUGCUCUGCUGUAAUCUGGACUCCUUCCUGCUGCUGGAGAGCCAGUACGACAUCUGCUCCCUGCUGCUGCAGAGUCAGAGGGAGAACGUCACGGAGCCGGACGCCAGAGAGGGGGAGUUCAUCAUAGACGGCCUGUCGGUGGAGAGGAAUCACUUGCUGGUCCGGGUUCACGCGCUGGGGGGUCCGUCCGAGAGGAAGCUUCCUCCUCGAGCGCUGCAGGAGGGGGAAGAUCCUUACCCCUGGCCCAUGUUUUCACGCUUCCCUCUGCCUCAGUGCUACACUUCAGACCCCCCGAAGAUCCACCAGAGCUCACAGGACUCUGAGAUCACUGCCUUUCUGGGAUCAUCUAAAGACUCAAAGAAUGACGAGAGCUGGAUGGAGAUCUGCCGGAGACUCUACUGCAAAGCCAUGACCUCCAAACCCAACGUCAUAACUGGAAAAGUGCUGGCUGACCUACUGGAGAAGGUUGUGGUCCAUCUAACGAGCUCCUCCGCCGAGUGCUUCUUCUCUGCGGCUCAGUACAAAGCAGAGGAGCAGAGUGUGAAGAGCGCUGUGUUAUCACCUGUGGAGCAGCUGGGGAUCAACACCUGUCUCAGGUACGGCAGCUACCUCUCGCUCCUGAAGGAAGAUGCUGUGAAUGAGCUGACGCUGCUGAUGAAGCACAUUAAGAUCUUUUUGUCCACACAGAGAGUUCAGACUGCUUCAGAGCUCAUCACACAGCAGGACGGUUAUCCAGGCCACGACUGGCUGGCCUCCACAGUGUUCCUCAUCAUGGCCGGAGACGUGGACCGGUCUCUGACUUUGUUACUCAACCUGUCCUCUCUGCUGACGUCUGCGUUCAUCUGGCCAGCCAGGAUACACGCCUCUGUCCACGUUCCCGUGCCAGUCGCCGAGUCGGGAAUCCCUCCGCUGUACUGGUGCACGGCUCACUACGUGGAGAUGCUGCUGAGGGCUGAAGUUCCUCUGGUCCACUCCGCCUUCAGGAUGUCCGGCUUCACUCCAUCACAGAUGUGUCUCCACUGGUUGACGCAGUGUUUCUGGAACUACCUGGACUGGACAGAAGUGUGCCACUACCUUUCCACCUGUGUGGUGAUGGGCCCUGACUACCAGGUGUACAUGUGCGUGGCCAUCUUCAAACACCUGCAGCCUGACAUCCUGCAGCGGACACAGUCCCAGGAGCUGCAGGUCUUCCUCAAGGAGGAGCCGAUCCAGGGCUUCACAGUCAGCAGCUACCUGGCGUUCAUGGAGGGGCUGGAGCGCAGCUACAGAAGCAUCGUCCUCACCGACAUGAAAACCAUCCGUAACCCCGUCGAGUAAGAACACAUCGAACCUUUUUACAGCGGCUCUUAUUCUGCCCUGCAUCCAUUACAGCUCGGUUCAAAUUCACUACGCACCCGUAAGUAACUCCCACCGUUAGCGUUUCUGCCACGAGCCUCCACUGUGGCCUGAGACUCAUGUUUCCACGCUGAUCAGUGGCUUCACACCUGGCAGGUGAGGAUGAAUCUUCCAUCAGAAGGGUUUACAGAACCGAGGGCACAGCUCUACAGAAACUCCACCAUGAAGUAGAAUCUGUUUUUAAUGACUUACCUG